AUGGACACCACAGGCUUCGCGCUGGAGCCGGGGGAAUCGCGCGCUCUGAGCGUGCCGUCGGGGUGGUCGGGCCGCCUCUGGGGCCGCACGCUCUGCUCUACUUCCACCGACGCCGACGCCGGCGGCACGGGCAGGUUCGCCUGCGUGACGGGCGACUGCGGCUGGGGCAAGCAGGACUGCGCCGUCGGCGGGGCCGCCCCGCCGGCCACGCUCGCCGAGUUCACCAUGGACGGCAGCGGGGACAUGGACUUCUACGACGUCAGCAUGGUUGACGGGUACAACCUGCCGAUGCUGGUGGCGCCGCAGGGCGCCGCCGCCGCCGCGGGGGGCAGCUGCGUGCCCACCGGGUGUAUGGUGGACCUCAACGGCGCGUGCCCCGCCGACCUGCGUGUGGCGUCGUCGUCCGGCGGCGGCAGCGGCGUGGCCUGCAAGAGCGCGUGCGAGGCGUUCGGGUCGGCGCAGUACUGCUGCAACGGCGACUAUGGGAACCCCAGCACGUGCAAGCCGUCGGCGUACUCGCAGUUCUUCAAGAACGCGUGCCCACGGGCGUACAGCUACUCGUACGACGACGCCACCUCCACCUUCACCUGCGCCGGCGGUGACACCACGUACGCGAUCACCUUCUGCCCCAGCACAACCAGCGUCAAAGCGGCCGGGGCGCAAGGAGGCCUGCCGCUGAUGAACGCCACCAUGGUGUACCUCGGCGGCGACCAGCUCGAAUCCGCCACAGCCGCGGCACGGCUGCCGUCCGUCCUUGUCCUCGCCGUCGUGUCCCUCGCGCUAGCAGGCGCUCUGUACUCAUCACAAGCCCGCCCCACUGCACAAAUGACGCGACGCCGGACGCGGGACAGCCCACGAGGCAAUCGUGCUCCUGCACACUGA